CUGGCGUAUAUAGGCUACUUGAUGCUGUUCAAUUAUAUAGUAUUAGUGAAGAUGGAUCGCUGGCCAUCUACACAGGAAUGGAUUGUCAUCUCAUACAUUUUUACUCUGGGAAUAGAGAAGAUGAGAGAGAUAUUGAUGUCAGAGCCUGGGAAACUGCUACAGAAAGUAAAAGUUUGGCUUCAGGAGUACUGGAAUGUUACUGAUCUCAUAGCUAUCCUCCUAUUCUCCGUUGGCAUGGUGCUCCGCCUGCAGGAUCUGCCGCUCCGGAGUGAUGGCCGAGUGAUAUACUGUGUUAACAUCAUUUACUGGUAUAUACGGUUAUUAGACAUCUUCGGAGUAAACAAGUAUUUGGGACCAUAUGUUAUGAUGAUUGGGAAAAUGAUGAUAGACAUGAUGUACUUUGUUAUCAUCAUGUUGGUGGUUCUGAUGAGCUUUGGUGUCGCAAGGCAGGCUAUCCUCUUCCCCAAUGAGGAACCUUCGUGGAAGCUGGCAAAAAACAUUUUUUACAUGCCGUAUUGGAUGAUCUAUGGGGAAGUGUUUGCAGACCAGAUAGACCCUCCUUGUGGUCAAAAUGAAACCAGAGAAGAUGGCAAAAUAAUCCAGCUACCUCCCUGCAAGACAGGAGCAUGGAUCGUUCCUGCCAUCAUGGCCUGUUACCUCUUGGUUGCAAACAUCCUUUUGGUGAACCUCCUCAUUGCUGUUUUCAACAAUACAUUUUUUGAAGUCAAAUCCAUAUCAAACCAAGUAUGGAAGUUUCAAAGAUACCAGCUAAUCAUGACAUUUCAUGAAAGACCUGUUCUCCCACCACCUCUGAUAAUUUUCAGUCAUAUGACUAUGAUAUUCCAACACCUCUGCUGCAGAUGGCGGAAGCAUGAAAGCGACCCAGAUGAGAGAGACUACGGAUUAAAACUUUUCAUAACUGAGGAUGAACUGAAAAAAGUCCAUGAUUUUGAAGAACAGUGCAUAGAAGAAUAUUUUAGAGAAAAGGAUGACAGAUUCAAUUCCUCCAAUGAUGAAAGAAUCCGUGUCACUUCAGAAAG